CUCAUAGCCACCAAGGCAGCAGCCAUCACGCCUCCUACUCCAGCCAGCCAACUAGCCUAGCAAAAGUACGUACGACCGCCUAGCUUGCUCGGCAGAGCGGCAAUGGACACGGGCCCCGAGCGCAACUGGAACUCGCCGGCAUCCCCGCCGUCCUCGCUCGAGCAGGGGAUGCUGACGUCGCCUGCGUCGCCGACGCCGAAGCGCCCCGCGGGGCGCACCAAGUUCAAGGAGACGCGCCACCCGGUGUUCCACGGCGUGCGCCGCCGGGGCAGCAACGGCCGGUGGGUGUGCGAGGUGCGCGUGCCGGGGAAGCGCGGCGAGCGGCUCUGGCUCGGGACGCACGUCACCGCCGAGGCGGCCGCGCGCGCGCACGACGCCGCCAUGCUCGCGCUGUACGGCCGCACCCCCGCCGCGCGCCUCAACUACCCCGACUCGGCGUGGCUGCUCGCCGUGCCCUCCUCCCUCCCCGACCUGGCGGACGUCCGGCGCGCCGCCAUCGGGGCCGUCGUGGACUUCCUGCGCCGGCAGGAGGCGGGCGCCAGCGCUGGCGCCGGCGCCGAGGUGGCCCACGUCGACGGGAUCGCCUCCGCCGCGUCGGCGCCAGACAAUGCCAGCUCGUCGGCGGCGGCAUCCCACUCCCAGCCGCCAUGCGCCAAUGCGGGGUUCGAGGUGCCGGACGCAUUGUGCCACGACAUGUUCGAGCUCCACACGUCCGGCGAAAUGGACGCGGGCACGUACUACGCGGACCUCGCGCAGGGGCUGCUCCUGGAGCCGCCGCCGUCCAGCGGGGCGAGCUCGGAGCACGGAGAUGAUGCGGCGCUAUGGAACCACUGAUGACACCGAGGGACUCCGGUCAAAACUAUAUUCGCUACUAUUACGUUGAUUUAUUUCUUUAUUAUUUAUUCCGAAAAAGCGCCCCGUACGUGGACCUAUGGUCGGCAUAAUAAAAUGGCGGGACAUUUGGGCGCAUCAAAAUCGGCCUCACAC